CGGCGACUCGCUCGGUCCCUCCCUCCUGUGUCCGUCCGUCCAUCCGUCCGUGCGUCUGUCCGUUCGGCACCGGUCCGGCCCGAAGCAUGGCCGGCGUCAGCUUCAGCGGUCACCGCCUGGAGCUGUUGGCGGCGUACGAGGAGGUGAUCCGGGAGGAGAGCGCGGCCGACUGGGCGCUAUACACAUAUGAGGAUGGCUCAGAUGACCUCAAACUUGCUGCGUCAGGAGAAGGGGGCUUGCAGGAGCUCUCAGGCCACUUCGAGAACCAGAAAGUGAUGUACGGCUUCUGCAGCGUCAAGGACUCCCAGGCUGCCCUGCCAAAAUAUGUGCUCAUCAACUGGGUUGGUGAAGAUGUGCCUGAUGCCCGCAAGUGCGCUUGUGCCAGCCACGUGGCUAAGGUGGCUGAGUUUUUCCAGGGGGUGGAUGUGAUCGUGAAUGCCAGCAGCGUGGAGGACAUCGAUGCAGGCGCUAUUGGGCAGCGACUCUCCAAUGGGCUAGCGCGACUCUCCAGCCCUGUAUUGCACCGACUGCGGCUUCGGGAGGAUGAGAAUGCUGAGCCGGUGGGCACCACCUACCAGAAGACAGAUGCAGCUGUGGAAAUGAAGCGGAUUAACCGUGAGCAGUUCUGGGAGCAGGCCAAGAAGGAGGAAGAGCUGAGGAAGGAGGAGGAACGGAAGAAGGCUCUGGAUGCCAGGCUCAGGUUUGAGCAAGAGCGCAUGGAACAGGAGCGGCAGGAGCAGGAGGAGCGUGAGCGGCGCUACCGAGAGCGCGAGCAACAGAUUGAGGAACACAGGAGGAAACAGCAGACUCUAGAAGCUGAAGAGGCCAAGAGAAGAUUGAAGGAACAGUCUAUCUUUGGUGACCAGCAAGAUGAGGAGGAAGAGACCCAGAUGAAGAAGUCCGAAUCGGAGGUAGAGGAGGCAGCUGCCAUUAUUGCCCAGCGGCCUGACAACCCACGGGAGUUCUUUAAGCAGCAAGAAAGAGUUGCAUCGGCCUCCGUGGGCAGCUGUGAUGCGCCCUCACCCCUCAACCACCGGCCAGGUCGUCCGUACUGCCCUUUCAUAAAGGCAUCGGACAGUGGGCCUUCCUCCUCCUCCUCUUCCUCCUCUUCCCCUCCACGGACUCCCUUUCCCUAUAUCACCUGUCACCGCACCCCAAACCUCUCUUCCUCCCUCCCAUGCAGCCACCUGGACAGCCACCGGAGGAUGGCACCCACUUCCAUCCCCACCCGGAGCCCAUCUGAUUCCAGCACAGCCUCUACCCCUGUCACUGAGCAGAUUGAACGGGCCCUGGAUGAGGUCACAUCCUCGCAGCCUCCACCACUGCCCCCACCGCCCCCGCCAGUUCAAGAGGCCCAGGAGUCCAGCCCUAUUCUGGAAGGUGAAGAGACCAGCAAGGAGGUCAGAGUAGCAGCAACCCCUCAGGCCUGGAGCAGCUGUGUGGAGGAGCCCCCUCAGGCACAAGAGCCUCCCCGGGAGCCAGGAAGCCCUGUGCAGGAUUUGAUGUUCAUGGAGACUCCAGAGCAGGCCGUCCUGGCUGAGCCUGCCAUCACUACCACCUCCUCCACCACCUCAGUAGCUGACAUUGUUGAGACCAACACUGACACCACUAUUGCCAAUAACGUCUCCCCUGCCGCUGCCAGCCUCAUUGAUCUAUGGCCUGGCAACGAGGAAGAGACCUCAGCACCCCAGGCUGAGCCCAGGGUGCCCACACCACCCUUGGGUGCUGAGGUCCCCCUAGCAGAGGUGCCUCUGUUGGAUGAGGUGGCUCAGGAGCCAGUGCCACCAGUGAGUGAAGGCUGUGCCAACCUUCUUAAUUUUGACGAGCUGCCUGAGCCACCAGCUACCUUCUGUGACCCAGAAGAGGAAGUAGAAGGGGAGCCCUCGGCUGUCCCCGAGGCCCCCACUCUGCCUUCAGCUCUUGAGGAGGUAGAUCAGGAGGUGGAACAGGAACUGGAGCCGGAACCCCACCUACUGACGAAUGGGGAGACCACCCAGAAGGAGGGAACCCAGCAGGCCAGCGAAGGGUAUUUCAGUCAGUCACAGGAGGAGGAGUUUGCCCAAUCAGAAGAGCUGUGUGCAAAGGCUCCACCUCCUGUGUUCUACAACAAACCUCCAGAAAUCGACAUCACCUGCUGGGAUGCAGACCCACUACCUGAAGAGGAAGAAGGCUUUGAGGGUGGCGACUAGUGAUGGCACCUGCACUCUGGCCUCCCUUGCCAAGGCCGCCCACCACGGGCCUCCGACCAGAUGGCCAGCAGUGCCUGCAUUAGCAGCAGCUCCGCCUGGCACUCACUCUGGAUUCUGGCACUGGCCAGGGACUUGUCUGCUUACCUACCCACAGGGCCUGACUUUUACAGCUUUUUUCUUUUUCUUUUUUUUUAAAGUUGAUAGACUUGUACAGUUGACUGGUUUUCCUUCUGUUGGUAGUUGAGAUGCUGUUGCCAAUACCACUCUCCUUGCCCAGACCAGAUUGUAGCUUAGUCCUCCCCACUCAGCUGGCCAGGGUGGUGACCAACCCUUCUUGGGACCUGGUGUGUGUGUGUGUGUGGGGGGGGGGUUCUGGUGAAAAAAAUGUCCCUUCACCUCUUUUCCUAGUUUUGUUUCUUGAAAAAUAUCACUUUGUAUUCUCUGUCCAGGGCUUCAGAUAUUUUGCACGAAUUUUAAAAUAAGGCAAUAAAUGGCUCGUGGGCUCUGGCUCCCUGGGACCCCCUCCCCUUCUCUUAGUCCCUCCCUGCCUGGUCCAAAGGAAGUAGCAGGCCCACCUGGGGCUCCUUGACUUCCUGCCCUCUCCUGCCGGGCAGGUCCCAGGCUGGAGGUCUUAGGCAUGAUUCAGGUCAGGGCUAUAGGUGAGACGGACCCAAGGAGUUGGGUGGCGCCUCCUGAACUCCUUUGCUUUUUUUUCUUCUUCUUUCACGUUCAGUACGGGUUUUUUAGUUUUUCUGGGGGAAGCACAAAUUUCUGUAACGGGUCGUGCUCAUGUCUGUUAAUAAAGAACUCCAGAUCCCUUCGGGCCUGCUGCUGUGGGCCUUGAGGGCUUGAUCUGGCUUGGGCUCCUGCCCUAA